AUGCCGCGCUACUUUACGUUCGUUGUCGGGGCAGCCGUCUUGAUGCUGCUCUCAGAGUCUCCCACGAUGAACAAGAUCUUUCGUCAAUUGACGCUUGGAGCACCCCAACAUGGAACACGUCGAGGACUGCACAUACAGGACGAAACCAUUAACCUCAAGGAAGAUCUCGUCAAGGCCAAACCAGAAAACGAUCCACAAGAGCAACCCAUUGCCAGCAUGCACGACGAGAAGGAGGAGACGAAGAAGCCCACGACAGAAGCGACGCCCUCUCCGACUCUGACGACGCCAAGCCCCACGGAUGCUACUACCGCCAAGAAUAAACCAGCAAGCACUGAAUCACCACCAAAAGACAGCGAUGAUGAAGACGAUGAAGACGACGAGGACGACGACACUGGCAAGUUUGUCAUCCAUUCCAUCGUCGAGAAUGGGGAAAAUUCUUUGCCCAUCCCGCCAGAGGCAGCCUUGGGAACCACGGAAAAGCCAUAUGUGGCAGAAACACACUACAACAAUGGCACCUUGCCCCUUCAAGAUCUCUUCCAAGGUCCUGCUAGGCCCCAAUUUCCCAAGCAUUCGGAUCACAGCAACGAAGCCAAUCUGGUCUUCCCGAAUCAUGAUUCUGCUGAAGCUGUCUGCCGCAUUGCAGACUUCAAACUCUAUGAAGAACUCCCUCACAAUUUUCAGCAGCUUGUCCGUUGCUUCUCGUGGUGGCAGAUUGAGCAAAACAAGAACAAAACACCCGUCCUCUACAUUCAGAAGUACAACAGCAAUGGCCGUGCAAACAUGGAAUCCAUCCAUGCCAUGUACCAGGCCAUGCACGAUGCCUUUGGUGUUCGAUUGGAUGUUGACGUCAGAGCCAACACUGAUUCUCCAGAGGUGCAUGUGGAUGCCCCCUGGCGAGCUAUGGAUGUACAGACCAAGACCUAUGCCAUGGCAUCUUCUGAACAUGCCAAAACCAUGAUGGAUGGUGUGCUCAACCACUACACACCCGACAAUGACAAGAGAGCUGGGUGUCCUGCUGCCACCAAGGACAAAAAAUCAAAGCCAGUCAUUGCCUUUGUGGACAGAAAGGACUCAAAGCGGCGGUCCAUUGGAAACAGCCAGGCAGUAGUUGACAAGCUCCAUGCGGCUGGUUAUGAUGUGCACUACCAGUCAUCCUUUCAUGGCAUGUCAUUGCUAGAACAAAUCAAGUUCAUGUCUGAGGCAGACAUUGUCAUGGGUCCACAUGGACAACAGUUCACCACAAGUUUGUUCCUUCCUCAGUGUGGCUCUUUGUUUGAAUUCUUCAACAGACAGUACUAUUCACCCAACUUUUUCGGAUCAAUGGUGGCCAUGUCUGGCAAGCACCACUUUUUCACCUAUGAAGGAGGUGAGACAACAAUGAAAAAAAUGCAAGGCCCUCGACGAACUAAGCAGUUUGAUGUCUCUGUGGGGGCAGUGUUGCAAGUGACUGAGGUGAUGGUGGAACGUUGGCACUCUUGUUGUGCAGCACAGGCAGAAGCAACGACCAUAAUGACCAAAAAACAAGGACAGCAAGCACAAACGAAGGCAUUGUUACGAGGUGGAGCUGCAGAACCUGUACCUUCGGUGUCUACUGGCAAUCCUGCUAAACCUCUAUCCAACAACAAGAACGGAUCAACAAGAAGUCAUGACAGCAAUGAGCUAGUCAUCCACUCCAUUGUAGAACCAAAGAAAGGAGGCUGGUUGACAAUGCCUCCAGAAGCAGUGGAAAGUACCAGUGAGAGACCUUAUGUGGCCGAAACACACUACAACAAUGGCACCUUGCCCAUUCCAUUUCUCUUUCGAGGUCCUGGUAGACCAGAUUAUCAAAGCCGUGGUGAUCGUAGAGGUGGAGAUGAAUCAAAGCUCAUAUUCCCCAACCAUGAUUCAAAUGAAGCGGUCUGCCAACUGUCAGAUGAAAAACUUGCCAAUGAGUUCCCUCACAACUUUCAACAGCUUGUCCGGUGCUUCUCCUGGUGGCAGCUAGAGCAAAACAAGGACAAGACACCUGUGCUGUUCAUCCAAAAAUACAAUCAUACUUGGAGAGGAAAGAUGAAGAACAUGGACACAGUCCAUGCCACCUACAAGGCCAUGCAAGAUGUCUUUGGAGUGAGGUUGGACAUUGAGAAUCGAACCAACCCUGACUCUCCAGAGGUUCACGUUGAGAUGCCCUGGCGGAGAAUGUAUGAUAUGACUAGGACUUAUGCAAUGGUAUCCUCAGACCAUGCCAAGACUCUGGUAGAAGGCAUGCUUGACUACUACACACCCAGUAAUUCAAAGCGAGCUGGUUGCCCUGCUGAUUCAAAAAGUGAAAAACCCAAGCCAGUCAUUGCCUUUCUGGACAGACAGGAUUCUCGGCGAUACAUUGGCAACAUAGAUGACGUCCUGGACAAGCUUCGCAAGGCUGGUCAUGAUGUCCUAUACCAACCAUCCUUCAAGGGCAUGUCAUUGACUGAACAAAUCAAGUUCAUGUCUGAGGCAGACAUUGUCAUGGGCCCACAUGGAGCACAGUUUACAACAAGCAUGUUUAUACCUCAAUGCGGCUCUUUGUUUGAGUUCUUUCCCAGAGAAUACUAUGCACCAAAUUGGUUUGGGUCAAUGGUGGCCAUGUCAGGCAAACAUCACUUCUUCACCUACGAAGGAGGAACGCCUUUGCUUGAUAAAGCAAGAGAGUUGAAGCUCUACAAUGCCUCUGCUGAGGUAGUGGAGCAAGUGACAGGGAUGAUUGUGGACAGGUGGUACACUUGUUGUGCUGCACAAGCAUCUACAACCAGCCAAAAGCAGCAAACACAGGUGAGGACUGCUCCAUGGAUUGAAUCUGCAGAUCCAACUUCUCCACCUUCAAGAACUUCUGCUCCCAAAAUUGAUACCACCAGCACCGACAAAGAAGGAGAAGGCCAAGACCAGAGGAAUGAAUUCAUCAUCCACAGUAUAGUAGCAAAGAAAAAAGGAGAAAUGAUCUGGAUCUCAGGGGAAGCAGUCAACAGCACCCGAGAAAAACCAUAUGUUGCUGAAACCCAUUACCACAAUGGCACUGUGCCCAUUCAGGCUCUCUUCACUGGCCCUGGCAGACCUGAAUACCGAACCCGUCUUGCUAGCAGACGCAAUGAUGAAUCUCAGCUGGAUUUCCCUAAUGGCGAUGCAAACGAAGCUGUCUGCCAACUUGCGGACUCCUACCUCUACCAUGAAUUUCCUCACAACUUUCAAAAGCUUGUUCGAUGCUUUUCUUGGUGGCAGCUGGAGCAAAACAAAAACAGAACACCAGUCCUGUACAUUCAGCAGUACAAUAUGACCUGGAAGGAUCACACGUUUAACAUGGAUUCAAUUCAUGCCAUUUAUCAGGCAAUGCAAGAUGUCUUUGGAGUAAGAUUGGACAUUGAGAAUCGAACCAACCCUGACUCUCCCGAGGUGUAUGUUGAAGCGCCAUGGCGCAAAAUGUCUCGGCUGACCAGGAUUUAUGCCAUGGUAUCACCGGAACACGCCAAAACCAUGGUUGCAGGUGUGCUCAAUUACUACAUGCCUUCCAAUGGCAACAGAGCUGGGUGUCCCGCUGCCGCCAAUGACAAGAAGUCCAAGCCUGUCAUUGCCCUCUUGGACAGGCAGGAUGCCCGCCGGAGGAAACUUGCCAACAGUAAUGAGAUCCUAGACAGGCUCCGUAGGGCUGGCUACGAUGUGCGCUAUCAACCAUCGUUCAAAGACAUGUCGUGGCUAGACCAAGUCAAGUUUAUGUCAGAAGUAGACAUUCUCAUGGGACCACAUGGAGCACAGUUCACCACCAGCAUGUUUAUGCCUCAAUGUGGUUCCUUGUUUGAGUUCUUUAAUGAGCAUUACUAUGUACCCAACUGGUUUGGAUCGAUGAUGGCCAUGUCAGGCAAGCAUCACUUUUUCACUUAUGAUGGAGGGGAUGCAAAUGUGGAUCAAACUCGGGGAAUGAAGAACUACAAUGCCUCUGCUGAUGCAGUGGAGCAGGUUACAAGGGUAAUGGUGGAACGGUGGCAUUCCUGCUGCAAUGGUCAGCAGCAAGAAAAUGAGAGGCAUAAGAAAGAAUUCGUCAAGUUGCAACCUGCAGCAAUGAAGCACCAACAAGAGGAAGAACAAGUGAAGGCAUUGCUGCGAGGUGGACUUGCAGAACCUGUACUUCCUCUGUCUACCGGCAUUCCUGCUCAACCUCCAUCCACCACGAAAACCAGCAAAUCAUCAAGUCAAGAUCAGCAAGACAAGUUUGUCAUUCAUGACAUCGUAGAGCCAGAGAAACCGGGCUGGUUGAUGAUGCCAGAUGAAUCCUUCACUGGCACCUAUGAGCGUCCCUUUGUGGCAGAGACACACUACAUCAAUGGUACCUUGCCUAUUCGGGAUCUCUUCAAAGGUCCCGGUAGACCAGAAUACCCAAGCGGUUCUAAAAACAGAGAUGAAGCAAGUCUGGUCUUCCCCAAUCAAAAUUCAAGUGAAGCAGUUUGCCAAUUGUCAAACAGCUUUCUCUUCCAAUAUUACCCUCACAACUUUCAGCAGCUUGUUCGAUGUUUCUCAUGGUGGCAGCUGGAGCAGAACAAGAACAAAACACCAGUCCUAUACAUUCAAGAGUACGAUCACUAUUCUAGGAGAAAGAAAACAAAUAUGGACCUGGUUCAUUUCCUCUAUGAUGCAUUCCACGAUGCCUUUGGAGUAAGGCUGGACAUUGAGAAUCGAACCAACACUGAUUCCCCAGAGGUUCAUGUUGAGAUGCCCUGGCGCAAAAUGUACCAACAAACUAGGACUUAUGCCAUGGUAUCCCCCGAACAUGCCAAAACCAUGGCAGAAGGCUUGCUCAACUACUACACACCCAACAAUGACAAGAGAGCCGGAUGUCCCAGAAAUGGCAACAACCAAAAGUCCAAGCCGGUCAUUGCGUAUAUUGACAGACAAGACUCCCGGAGGGCCAUUGCCAACAGUGAUGAGGUCCUUGCAAGACUCAACAAAGCUGGCUAUGAUGUGCGAUACCUACCAUCAUUUAACGGCACGUCCUGGAUCGAACAAAUCAACUUCAUGUCAGAGGUAGAUAUUGUCAUGGGCCCCCAUGGACAGCAGUUCACCACGAGCAUGUUUAUACCUCAAUGUGGAUCCUUGUUUGAGUUCUUUCCCAGAGGGUAUUAUGUGCCCAACUGGUUUGGAUCAAUGGCAGCAAUGUCAGGUAAGCACCACUUCUUUACGUAUGAAGGAGGAAAUGCAAAAGUGAAUGAUGCCAGGGAAGUCAAGCUUUACAAUGUCUCUGCACCAGCAGUGGAGCAAGUUACGGCCGUGAUGGUGGAACGGUGGCACUCCUGUUGUGCAAAUCAGAAGCACUAG